AAUGGCUCCCUCAAGGCCUGGGGUGGGACCCGCGCUCGGGCCCGGGAUGCGGCUGCCAUUAAACAGGAGGUUUUUGGGUUUGUUUUUUUUUUUUUCCCCUCAGAUGAAGUUAUCCGCAAGCGGCUGCUGAUCGAUGGCGAUGGUGCUGGUGACGACAGGCGGAUCAAUUUGUUGGUGAAGAGUUUCAUUAAGUGGUGUAAUUCCGGAUCUCAAGAGGAAGGUUACAGCCAGUACCAACGAAUGCUGAGUACUUUAUCACAGUGUGAAUUUUCAAUGGGAAAAACUCUUCUGGUGUACGAUAUGAACCUGAGAGAAAUGGAAAAUUAUGAAAAAAUCUAUAAGGAUAUAGAAAAUAGUAUAGCUGCAGCACAUGAGAAGAUUUCUGAAUGCAAAAAACAAAUCCUGCAAGCAAAAAGGAUUCGAAAAAAUCGCCAAGAAUAUGAUGCAUUGGCCAAAGUUAUACAACACCAUCCAGACAGACAUGAAACAUUGAAGUGAGUAUGAGACUACAUUAAAUUAUAAUAAGCCAGUAAGCUGGACGUCACCAGAUUUGACAUUUCCUUGGUUUCAGUUUGACCUUUCCUCAC